AUAUAAUCUUAGGGGGGGGGGCGCUAAAUGUAGAAAAUGAGGAGGAUGGAUCUGCCACUAUUACCUUUCUGGUCAUAGUUCCACUUCCAUCCUCUAUUUGCUCCCAUAUUAGUUAACAAAGGGCAAUUAUGUCUCCUGCAAAAGGAACUUAGAUGCCUAGUUGCCUACUUUCCAUAUCAUGAUUUUUACUAAAAAAAUAGUGUCACUUGAAUAAUAUACAUGUGAGUAUUUUAUGGAUUUGAUUCAUAUAGUAUAUUGUGAAAUUAUUUAUCAUUUUACAAUACAUCAGUGAGGUAUACUUGAUCAUUUUCAUUUUACAAUACACCAGAAUGGUACACUCGAUUACUGGAAUGACCCAGUGCAGAAUGUUCUGUUCUAAGCAAAACACAAUAAGCCACGGGAGUGGAACUAACAAGUAAGCACAAACACUUACUGUUAUAGCUGAAUCAAAAUCAAGUGGGUAGUUGCUCAAAUUACGGUACAAACACUUACUGUUUACAGUUAUGAUAUUUUUAACUGUGCCAGUUAGGUUGUACAGAAAACUGUUAUUAUCUUGAUCGUCUUUUUUCCGUAAACAUAAAUGCAUCUUGAAAUUUUUAAACCUAUUCAUGCCUGAUUUGCUGUUCCGCAUUCUGGUUUUGGAAGGUCCCAAGCCUUGCAGUUAUUUCCAUUCUCAUGGUAUUUGCAUGAGUUGGAAUUUGGUGGGAUCAAGUACCUCCUAUGUGCUUUACCCAUGGACGGGCCGGCAUGCCACUUAAUUUAGGCCACACAGAUAGGUCCCACAUUUCUCUUUUUCUUUUUUCUCGAACACGCAGGAGAGCUGCGUAUCAUUGUAUUAAUAGAAGAAAAAGGAGUCAUACAUAGACCCAAACACACUCACACACCCCACCCCACCUACCCUGUUUUCUAAGGCUUAAGCACCUGUUUCUGAGUAAACAACGAUCGAGCGAGCUAAAAAAAAACUAACAGCUCCAAGCAGUGAGCAAGGAAAGACCCUUUGCUCCUGCCAUGUUGCUGAGUGAUGGAUCCUUCUGCCUAUUCCGUUUCUAUUUUAAUUUUAUCAACACCAAAGGACACCAUCCAUUAUUGUGGUGAAUGGCGAUUGAAUCAUAUUCACAUGUUAGAACGAUGGCAUGGUCAUGUAUUGUUAUCACCCAGUGGUUCUAAGAUAGCAAUAUUGUUUUUUCUUGUUUCAACAUCAACAUUAGUGCUGUUAGCCCUUAGACAUGUGCUUUUGAUGUAAAAUUCCUGAUCAAAUUGUUACAUCUCAUUUGGGUCCUUAGGGAAAUAGCUCAGUUCUGUUGCACAGAAAGAACUUUAAUAAGGCGUCAUUGUGACAUGAUUAUUCAACCAGGUGUUCUAACAUCAAAGUUGUUGUAAAGGUGUCCAUACACCCAAUUUGUUCAAUCAGGUCCUUAUAAUUAUUUCUUGUACACAACCAAGCCUCAUCAGAUAAAAAAAAAACUUGACCAGAUAGAGAUUUGCCCACUGAUUUUGUUCUAAAGAAGUUUGUGCCAGCCUUCGAACCUGGGGUGGUGAUGGGGGUUUCAUUGACCCCCAGACUUCAAUGGUGUAAACCAUUGUAACUCUUAAGAUUUGGCGGGACUCAUCAGAUAUACUUGCUUGAAUUGGUGACGUGGAAUUUGCCAAUAAAAUAUUAUUUAAUUAAGACGUUUUCUCUCGCUUUCUAUUGAGCUGGUAGACUGAGUCUAUACACCGGCUUUCCCCUCUAUAAAUAGCCUAUACCCUCUCUCCUUGAUAGAAAGAAAACCUAAGAACUACACAGAACACCUAACUAUUCUGCCCUCUCUGCUCCUGCUCCUAAUCAGCGCCGCAAUCCUGCUUCGGUCAACAGGGAAGUUGUAGAUCUACAAAUCGGUGCAUCUUGAGGCAAAAUAUCUCCGAUGGACCUCAGUUGACAGUUGCCAACUUGCCACAUUUUGAGGGGGUUCACUUGCAGAAUACUACUCUUUAUGAUGGAAUGCAGUUUAUGCCAGCAUUUGAUCUUGCCCAGUGUCUUGGCAUGAGACAGAAUUUGACUUCCAUGGACCGAGAUUUAAAUGCUGAUGGAAACGUACCGCAAAGGUCAGUUAAUUUACGCAGAAGAAGAGAUCUUCCACAAACAUCAACAUUACCCAAGGUUGCUGAUAACCAUGAGUUGGGAAGUGCUGGCAUUUCUAUGGAUCCAUCAUUUUUUAACAACGCAAUCGAACAAAGUCCUAGUGAAAACAGAAGUUCCUUAAAGCCUCCAAAAUUUCUUAUGGAGAACAGUAAUCAUCAGCCACAUCAUCAUACAGUUGCCCUACCUGUUCAAUGUAGUGAUUUUUUCAUUACCAGCUUGGGAGAAAUUGAUAAUCGGACAAGUUAUCAUAAUUCGUAUCAGAUAUGGCCGGUUGGGUUUACAUCUUACUGGCAUGAUAGAGUUACUGGUUCACUGUUUGAGUGUGAAGUGAUUGAUGGAGGAAAUUUUGGACCUUUGUUUAAGAUGAGAAGGUUACCGUGUUCAGCAUUCCAACUUCCGGAUGCAUCAACCACAGUGUGCCCAAAUGUUGUUAGAAAGGCUGAUACAAUAGAAACAAGGGAAGGUAGUGGUUCCAUUGAAGACACUACUAAUGAUGCUGAUGAUAAUAUUUCUAUGCUCUUAUCAGAUUUCUCUGAUACGAAUCAAGAUUUCUUAUCAUGUCUCGGGAAUGAUAUGGAGGGUAAAGAGAGUUUAGGGUGCAGUAAUGUACAAACUUCGAGUAUGACAGUGCCAGCUGUACUGUCAGAUCUUGGGUCUUUGAGUUUGGCACCGACUAAUGAUGCAAAUAUGUAUGACAAAAUUGGUGACUUCAGUUAUGAAGGAACAUCACCUUCCUCAGUCUGGAGGAUGGUUUGUUGUGCUAUGAUGGAAGCUUGUGAGAAAAUGUACAAGGAGCAUGGCCAUUUGGUAUUAUUCUGCACUCACAGUAGUGAAAAAUCUUCAUUUGACUAUGGAAGUGGACGUCAGCGCACUGAUAGUCCUUUCGAUCUAUUUGCUAAGUUUUGCUCAUCAAAUGGACCUAAGGUACCACGGUUUAUAGAAAAGGAGAAUGAUGUGGAAUCAACUUGUGCAUUACUCAAAGAAUGGUUGUAUCCAGACAGAAUCGGGUUUGAUAUGGAAUUUGUUCAAGAAUUUGUGGAAUCUCUUCCUAAAUCCAGGGCUUGUUCAAACUAUCAGUUCUUGUGUAACAGGACUGGAAUUAACUCUUCGCUGACGAUUGCAAGUGGCACACUGAUAGCUGUUAAUAAAAAUAGUCCGUCGCAUGGGGAUGUCAUGUCAUAUGGUAGACAUGGAUCUGUAGUGAGUGGGCCACAGGAUCAUGCUCAGCCUAGCUCUUUUAGCAUCCGUGAGCUUCCUCCAGGAAACCCUAUUAGCUGCAAGCUUCCACCAGAAUUGGCAGGGGAUGUUCUCCAGAUAUUGGAGUUUCUUGGACGAUUUGCUGAAAUCAUUGGCCUGAAAGAACUUCCUUCAAUUGAGCAAGUAGAAGAUGAACUCAUUGACCCAUGGCCAAUUCACGUGAAUGAAAAUGGCACCCAAAACUACAGAGAUCACACUCCACCAAUGAAUUCACCUGCUAAUGUCUCUACAUCGUAUUCCAAUGGUGAAUCAGGUAUAACUAUUGAAGAAAUGGUAUCUGUGUUUAUUCCAAUUGAAACUUCUUCAGCACGAGAAGCUGCUCAAAAUAAGUUGGCUGCCCAGACACUUGGGAGAUGUAGUGGUUUAGUGCUGCCUGAGAUCCACCUUGCACUCUUGAAGGUUCUUUUCACCGAACUUGUAUCUAGAGUUGCAAUUUUUGUGGAUCCAAAAUUUGAUUUAAAGGAAUCCAAAUCCAGACGAGGAAGAAAAAGGGACACUGAUACUCUGGCAAGAGAGUUAAAGAUUGAUAUGCUGACUGCUAACAACUUGACUUGGCCAGAGUUGGCUAGAAGAUAUAUUUUAGCUGUUUCUUCCAUGAGUGGCUGCAUGGAUUUAUCUGAUAUUUCUAGUCGAGAAGGAGUGAAAUUGUUCCGCUGCCUACAAGGUGAUGGUGGUGUCCUGUGUGGAGCUCUACCUGGGGUUGUUGGCAUGGAGAAGGAUGCAUCGCUGCUUGCAGAGGCUGAAACUUUGAUAUGCAAGUCUUCAGCAAAUGAAGGGAAUAAGGUCUUUAUGAUGGAUUACAAGGAUGCUGAUAUUGUAGAUUCUCCAGAGGAGCCUGCUAGUGACACUACAUUACCAGAUUGGGUGAAAUCACUGGAGCCUGUGAGAAAAUUGCCAACUAAUGUGGGAACAAGAAUAAGAAAGUGCGUUUAUGAAGCUUUGGAGAGAGAACCUCCAGAAUGGGCAAGGAAAAUUUUGGAGCAUUCAAUCAGUAAAGAGGUCUACAAGGGUAAUGCAUCUGGACCAACCAAGAAAGCUGUCUUAUCCGUCCUGACAGAGGCCUGUCGUACAAAAGUGCCCCAGAAUACAGAAAAACCAAGAAAGGAGAGAAAUAUUAUCUCCAUCUCAGAGGCUAUCUUGAAAAGGUGCCGUAUUGCCCUGCGGCGUGCUAUUUCCUCUGAUGAAUCAAAGCAGUUUGCUAAUUUGCUUGGAACAACGCUAACAAAUUCCAAUGAGAAUGAGGAUGAGGGCAUCCUUGGAUUUCCUGGUAUGGUAUCUCGCCCUUUGGACUUCCGCACAAUUGAUAUAAGGUUGGCUAAGGGAGCUUAUCGCGGAUCUUGGGAGGCUUUUCUUGAUGAUGUACAAGAAGUAAUCCGUAAUCUGCAAACUGCAUUUGCUGAUCGACCUGAAGUGGUAGUCAUGGUUGCUGCACUGUCUGAGAGUUUUGAGUCAUUGUAUAAGGCAGAGGUACAAGACCUUGUUGAGAAAUUUGACAAAUAUCUAAGCAAUGAAAAUGGUAACUCAGAAAUCCACCAGGAGCUACAAGAUGCUCUCACGACAGCAAACAAUAAGCUGCCCAAAGCACCAUGGGAGGAUGGUGUCUGCAAAGUCUGUGGAAUCGAUCGAGAUGACGAGAGCGUCCUUCUUUGUGAUACUUGUGACUCUGAAUACCACACUUAUUGCCUGAACCCGCCACUGGCACGCAUACCACUUGGAAACUGGUAUUGCCCGUCAUGUACUGCCCAAACUCAUGUUUCAGUGCAAGAACAAAAGAAGUGCCUUGGGGAGGAAGCUCAUGUUUUUAUCGAGAAACUCAACAAGUUAGCUGUUGCGAUGGAUGAGAAAGAGUACUGGGAGCUUAGCGUAGCCGAGAGAAUAUAUUUGCUAAAAUUUCUAUGUGACGAAUUGCACAACACAGCUCUCAUCAGGGAACAUCUAGAUCAGUGUUCAGACAGGUCAAAUGAUCUCCAGCAGAAAUUACGUCAUCUGAAUUAUGAACUGAAAGAGUUGAAGUAUCGGGUAGAAACAAAAACUUCGUAUGCUACACAAAGUAGAUGGAUGAAAAAUGACCAAAUAGGCAAUAGUUCAGGACUUGUGGAGAAUCAGCAGCGUGCUAUGCCCACAGCAUCAGAGCAUCUUGAAGAGGCUGAACAGGUUAAUGUUGGAGUUAACCUCAGCAACCCUGCUGAAGGGGUUCCUGCUGGGCAAUUGAAUGUGGGUAAACCUUGCAGUACUGACAAUGGCAUAUCCAGCACAUCUGUCAUUGAAGGAAGUAAAUCUUUGGGACUUUCAAAACAACCAUCAGAGAUAGUUACUGACCGGACUGAUCGGGACUCUAUUGGUGAAGGAUCCAAAAGGUUUGAGAAAUCAUUAGGUGGCAAAAGUGGUACUUGUGAUAACUUGAAUGUGGGAGAGACUCAUUCUGCUACAGUUAUCAUUGCACCAAUUGGAGAUUUGCCUGAUGAAAAUGCUAGGGCAUCGUCCCAAGACAAUAUGGAAACAUCGACAUCUAAAUUGGUUGACCAUGAUGCUGAUAACAAUGAAUCAAAUAAUUUAUUGGAGAGGAUUUCACAGUUGCAGGAUUCAAUUAGCACAGUAGAAUCACAGCUGAGUAUGGCAUCCUUGAGAAGAGACUGCCUGGGUAGGGAUUCUGUUGGUCGAUUGUAUUGGGUUACAGGAAGACCUAGUAAGCGUCCUCGUCUUGUUGCAGAUGGAAGCAUGCUGAUACCCAAGGACAGAGACAUUAGCAUGGUUACAAGCCAUUCUCAGUCAACAUUUGAUAAAGGAUGGAAUUCGGCAUCGCUUGUUAUGUAUGAAUCUGAUGAAGAAAUCAAGUCUCUUGUUGACUGGCUAAGAGACAUUGAUCCAAGGGAGAAGGACCUGAAAGACUCUAUCUUGCACUGGCAAAAGUCUCUUUAUCACCAGGCUAGUUUUCCCAUCACUGAUCCUCCAGUGUCCAAGUCUUCAAAGAGUGAACCACCUAUGGAACUUCCAAACACAAAGGCUUUUAUAGUUUUGGAGCAAAAGUAUGGUCCGCAAUUGGAUCAGGACACUAGUGAGCUAUCCAAAAGGAGAGGAAGUAAGUCAAAGUCGGGUUCUGAAGAAAGAGUAUAUCGCUGUGACUGUUUAGAGCCUCUGUUGCCUUUUCGACACCAUUGCUUAAAUUGUCAUGAAACAUACCUCACAUUGACGGAAUAUGAAGGGCAUAAUGGUGUAAAAUGCAACAGCAGUAACGACUGUCCUACUGAAAGUAAAGAAAAUGAUGAGCCAAAACUGAAGGGUACCAAAGAUCCUGUAGAUCAUAAUUGUUCCAUUGAACCAUCUAACAGUGGAAAAUUGGAGUCAUGCCCUUAUGACUUUGAAGAAAUUUGUAGAAAAUUUAUCACAAAUGAUUCAAACAAGGAGACGGUGAAGGAGAUUGGGCUACUUGGAUCAAAUGGAAUUCCAUCUUUUGUGCCUUCACCUGCAUAUUUCCUUGACCCGCCAGCUCUGCUAAAUGAAAAUAAAAGAAAUGACGAUAAACCAAAUGAUUGGACUUCCUCAUUGGAGGAAUGCCAAGCUAUGUCUGCCAAAAUGUCUGGGCCGGAGGGAUCCCAAGUUGGUCAAGAUUUUUCUGGCAAUGCAGGUGAUGGGCAGAUGCCAAAAUCUAAGAAGCCUGUUAGGGAUGGUACUUCAGCCAAGGAAGCACCUUCAACAGACAAACCAACAAGAUUGCUAACUGUUAAUGGGGGCUUGGUUCCAGAGUCAUCACUGAUGCCUGUGAUAGGCAGGAAUUUUCAUAUCCUGAAGCAGCUAAAGAUAAACUUGCUUGAUGUAGAAGCAGCUUUGCCUGAGGAAGCAUUCAGAGCCUCCAAGUCUCAGCAAAUAAGAAGACGUUCAUGGCGUGCUUUUGUGAAGGAUGCAGAAUUAGUAUCAUAUGUGGUAUUGGCAAUCAACUUCUUGCAGAGCAUGAUAAAAGCCGAAUUCCUGAAGAAAGAUUGGUGGUACUGGUCCUCCUUCACUGCAGCUAUCAAGACAACAACCGUAUCGUCGCUUGCGCUCAGGAUCUACACCCUCGACGAUUGCAUCAUGUACACAAAGGAUCCUUCUCUAAACCCCGAGCCAGCUGACAAUGCAAGGUCUGGAAACAAGGGGAAGAGGAAGAAAGAUGCGGAUUCAUGA